AUGGCCGCCGCCGUCGCCGCAGUGAUCUCGCCGGAUCUCUUCUCGUUCCACGCGUCCAUCGCGCCCUUGCCGGCGCCUCCGGCGGGCGCUGAAGACGACGAUGGCGACUUCGAGUUCCGCAUCCCCGCGGCGGUGGCCGCGCUCUCCGCCGCUGACGAGCUCUUCUCGGAUGGGAAGCUCGUGCCUCUCCUCCCACUGCUGAAUCCCGCCUCAGCCUGCUCGGCUCCGCCGUGCGUGGAGGAGGAGCCUCCCUCGGAGCCCGUCUCUCCCCGCGCGCCGCGGUGCGCUGGGCGGCGGUGGCGUGAUCUCCUCCUCCUCGUGACAAAGAAGCCCAAAGCCGGCGAGGCCAAGGGUCGCGCGGAAGCGUCUCUGGGGCGUCGGGAGGCGCAUUCGCGGCCGCUCCUCUCGCGCGACUCCUCCUCCUCCUCCUCGGCCUCCUCGUGCGACUCCGGCAGGAACGCGCGCCGCCCGCCGCCGCCGUCGCGCCCGCCCCUGCGGACGCGCUCCGCGCCGGUGGCGAGCCUCCUCCACCUCAUGUCCAAGAAGAACGCCGGCGACUGCAGGAACGGCGCCGCCGCGGCCGCUGCCCCGAAGCAGCGCCAGCAGCAGCAGGCGUGCGCGCACCCGCUCCUGACCCGGGCCUCCUCGUCGUCCUCGGCCUCCUCCUCGGACUCCGGCAGGAACUCCCGCCCGCCGUGGCACCCGCACGGCCCCGCGCGGCCAUGGCGCCCCGCGAUAGCCGCCGAGAGCCCGCGCGUCAGCGCGUCCGGGCGCGUGGUGUUCCGGGGCCUGGAGCGGUGCUCGAGCACGCCCGCCGCGGCGGGCAUCGGCGGCCUGCGGCGGCCGAGGCCGAGGGGCAUGGAGCGGUCGUACUCGACCAAUGUGCGCGUGGAUCCGGUGAUCAACGUGUUCGGGUUCGGGCACCUGUUCUUCCCAGCUUCGCCGGCCAAGGAGAAGAAGGCCGACGCCGCGGGCGGCGGCCGGAGGAGCAGGCCGGAGAAGCUGGCGAUGAUGCUGAGAGAUCCGCAGGAUUAG